AUGGCCGAAAACGUUGCUUCUCAGACUGCCUCGGCUCUGCCAUCUGCUCCCCAGACCUCUGCAGGUGCUCAAAACCAGCAGUACGAUGCGGGCCAGACCAAUGGCCAGGCCAAUCCAUCCCACAUGCCUCCUCCGCCGCGACCUCCCGUCGUCAUCCCGCAGAAUACCAACCCGAUUCCCACGGCGAUGGGCUCGCCCAUGUCAAGCGGGAUGAUGUCCCCGACGAGCGGUGGGUUUGUGCGCCGUGCUGCCCCGGAGCCCAACAAGAGGGCCCUCUAUGUGGGCGGAUUGGAUCCGCGGGUCACGGAAGAUAUCCUCAAGCAGAUCUUCGAGACCACCGGUCAUGUCGUCAGCGUGAAGAUCAUCCCGGACAAGAAUUUCAACAGCAAGGGUUACAACUACGGGUUCGUCGAAUUCGACGACCCAGGCGCGGCCGAGCGAGCGAUGCAGACACUUAAUGGGCGUCGGAUCCACCAGUCGGAAAUCCGUGUCAACUGGGCGUACCUGUCCAACAGUACCAAUAAGGAAGACACCUCGGGCCACUUCCACAUUUUCGUCGGUGACCUGAGCAAUGAGGUGAACGAUGAGAUUUUGCUCCAGGCCUUCUCUGCCUUUGGAUCGGUGUCUGAAGCCCGUGUCAUGUGGGAUAUGAAGACUGGACGCUCGCGCGGGUACGGCUUUGUCGCGUUCCGGGAGCGCCAGGACGCUGACAAGGCGCUCAACUCGAUGGACGGUGAAUGGCUGGGUUCUCGGGCCAUUCGUUGCAACUGGGCCAACCAGAAGGGGCAGCCCUCGAUCUCGCAGCAGCAGGCGAUGGCCGCCAUGGGCAUGACGCCCACCACCCCGUUCGGUCACCACCACUUCCCCACCCACGGGGUGCAGAGCUACGACAUGGUUGUGCAGCAGACUCCGCAAUGGCAGACUACUUGCUACGUCGGCAACCUGACCCCGUACACGACCCAGAACGACAUGGUGCCGCUGUUCCAGAACUUCGGUUAUGUUAUUGAGACCCGUCUUCAAGCAGACCGGGGCUUCGCCUUUGUCAAGAUGGACUCGCACGAGAACGCAGCCAUGGCCAUCUGCCAGCUCAACGGCUACAACGUCAACGGUCGUCCGUUGAAGUGCAGCUGGGGCAAGGACCGUCCUCCUACCGGCCAAUUCGACAACUUCUCUCCGCAGCAGGGUGGUUCCCCGGCCUUCAGCAACCAGCAGCCAGCUGGCUUUUUCCCCCAGUACGGUGGCCCUGCUAAUCCCAUGAACCAAGGUCCGGCCCCUGCUGGCCGAGGCUGGGACCAGCAAGGCAACAACUUCGGCGGUCCCGGUAUGCCUAACCAGGCCUAUGGCCAGGGCGGCGGCUAUGGCCGUGGCCAGCCCAUGUCUCCCACGGGCAACUGGGACCAGUCGAACAAUAACAACUUCAACGCAGGCUACCAGGCGUAG